CCAUUUUUUCCAUCUUUGCCAACAUAUAGCACUGCCGGCCAGAUCUUCGACCAUUUCUUUUCCAAGCCACUUCUAGUAUAUAUGCCCCUCGUUCCAUAUUCUGUUGAGCUUUCUACUUCCCGUAUGAAGAAAGGCAGAGGGCCUUGUUGAGACCGUGUUCUUCAGAGUUGAGAUUUUCCUUCUUGGUGGAGAUGGAUAUUCUGGUAUAGUAAUUCUCGGCGAAGAUGGAAAACAUUCAACAUGCCUCCGCAUCCUCUGGGCCGGCGAUCGAUGAUCCUGAUGCUGCUUCUGUUAAGGCAGCGAUGCGAGUUCCUGUUACUGUUAUGCUUGGUCCCAUGGGCACCCUCCUCCGGAAACUCCAUUGGCUCAUGGCUCCCAGACAGAGUCUGGCGCCAGAUCUGCUCAGGGCGGAAGAAGUCUCUCUUCUCAGUGAUGGCCUCAAGAAAUUAUGCAUCUCCCUGAAGAAUAUGUCUGAAGAUGAGGAUCCUAGCUUCAUGGUUCAGUGGUGGAUGAAGAUAGUUCGUGAACUUUGCUAUGACACGGAAGAUCACCUCGACGAGGUCUGCCGCGCCGGGACCCAUCAUGAUUUUUCAGACUUACUUGCUCGUGUGGAUGAUGCGAGUGAAAGCCGCCAAUGUUUCGAGUGGUCUCCUCCCAAGACAGUUAAACCAGCUGAACGGGGGAGAACUGGUGUCAGCCGCCGCACCUCCCUCGAGCUGCCGGUUCCCCUACCUGUCCAUGUGGAGCCGCCAAACAAGCUAGUCGAGCUGUUGGAUUUACACGACGAGGGGAAGGCACUAAAGGUGAUAACUAUAACUGGAUGUGCAGGUGUUGGGAAGACGACAGCUGCCAGAGCCUUGUAUCACAGGUAUGGAGGGAAGUUUCAGUGCCGGGCUUUCGUAACGGUGUCACGGAAUCCAGAUAUGAGGGGGUUUCUCACCAGCAUACUCUCACAACUUAAGGCACCACCGCCCCAUCGUUUUCCUGAUGUGCCGGACCUUAUUGGUGCUAUCGGCAAACAUCUGCAAGGCAAAAGAUACAUCAUCGUAAUUGACGAUUUAUGGACUUCGUCAGUAUGGAAUAUUAUUAGCCGUGCUUUUCCACGUGGUGAUUAUUGCAGCAGAAUAAUAACAACCACACAAAUUGAUGAUGUAGCAUUGGCAUGCUGCAGUUAUGACCCAGUCUAUAUAUAUAAGAUGUUCCCUCUUAAUGAUCCUGAGUCUAGAAAGUUAUUCUUCGGUAUAGUGUUUGGCUCUGAAGAUGGAUGUCCAAUAGAUAUCAAAGAAGUUUCAUAUGAUAUUGUCAAGAAGUGUAGUGGUUUGCCAUUUGCAGUUGUAAAUAUAGCCAGACUUUUAGCAAGCGAAUCACACAUUGUAAGGGAGAGGUGGGAGCACAUACAAGAUUCUUUGCCGUCCACUUCCGAAGACAUGAUUGAUGUUCUAAAUCUUCUGUACAAUAUACUCCCACACCUUAUGUACAACAGCCUUCCACCUCGUUUGAGGACAUGCUUGCUAUAUCUCAGUAUGUAUUCUGAGGGCCACGUGAUCAAGAAGGAUGAGUUGGUGAAGCAGUGGGUAACUGAAGGUUUUCUCAGUGCUGUUGGAGGACGAAACACACAAGAAAUUGCUGAGGGUUAUUUUGAUGAGCUUGUGUUUAGAGGAAUGGUCCAGGCUGUGGACAUCAACAAUAACGGCGAGGUGUUGUCAUGUACAGUUCACCAGAUGGUUCUGGAUUUUAUCAGGCUCAAAUCCAUGGAGGAAAAUUUCAUCAUCAAUGUAGACUUUUUUCAAUCAACUCUUGCACUUCCUGACAAAGUUCGCCGAUUGUCCAUCCAGUUUGGAGGGGUAAAAGGUGCAUACAUACCGGAAAGCAUUGUAACAUCCCAUGUUCGAUCGCUUAUAUUUUGGGGUUUCUUCAAGUGUAUACCUCCCAUUAUGGAUUAUUAUGGAUUUCUUCGGGUUCUGAUUCUUCAUAUUUGGGCUGAUGAAGAGAAGGAGAGUUUUGACCUCACUGGGAUUGGGAAGCUAUUACUUCUGAAUUAUCUCAAGAUUGAAAGUAAUACCACCAUCAAACUUCCAGAUAAGAUUCAACGUCUGCAACACUUGGAGACACUGCAAGUUAAUGCAAGAUUAACUGUUGUUCCGUCAGAUAUCGUUAGUCUGCCGCGUAUGUUGUGCCUCAGCCUUCCUAGUGAUGCUGACAUGCCCAGUGGUAUAGGACGCAUGACAUCUCUUCACACUCUGGGGUAUUUUGAUCUCAGCAAUAACCCAGCUGACAGUGUGAAGGACCUUGACCAUCUUACCAAUCUUGGGGAUCUUCAUCUUACUUGUGCCAAGUUAGAUAACUAUAAUCUACAGAACAACAUCAAACUGCUCGGCUCGGUUCUUUGGGAACUUAUCAGCCUGAAGUGUUUAACUCUGGCACCUGCAGACUCCUCUGAUAUAAAUACUCUGGCUGACGCUGGUGCUUCAAGCAUGGGAAUUUGUUUUGAUGGCUUGAGACUCAAGUUGUGCCAAGAAGCCUCCCGCCCUUGGGCUCUCCAAAGACUAGAGUUGUCGCGGCACUGUUGCACCUUCUCCAGACUGCCCGAGUGGAUUGGAAUUCUUUUGAACCUCCGCAUCCUAAGGAUUGCAAUUAGGGAGCUAUCAGAGGAAGAUAUCCAUGUCCUGAAAGGACUACGUUUCCUCACUGCUCUCACCUUGUAUGCCCAGACAGCUCCUGCAGACCGGAUCGUCAUCAAGGAGGGAUUCGAAGUGCUCACGUACUUCAAGUUCAUGUGUGGUGCACCAUGCCUGUCCUUUGUGCCAGGAGCAAUGCCCAAAGUCCAAAAGAUCAAGCUAGGGCUCAAUUUAAGCAAAAGGAGCUCAGAAUUAGAUAGCAUUAUUGAAGCUGCUUGCUUCCAUCACUUGACAGGCCUUACAGAGAUCUCUGUCAAAUUUGGGACUCGGGGUGCUGAUGAAUUCCGAAUAAAAUAUGAAGAGUCUGCAUUGGAGGCUGCCUUUAGGAAUGCCCCAAACAGUACUACAAUCAGAGUAAAAUGUGUUGAUGUGAUUUUUUGUGCCGAGGAGGAUAAGUGUACCGCUACUGACGAACAAGAGGAAAAGCGACAGGCGAUUGAACAAGACAAGGAAAAUAUCAGGGAACAUGAGAGCAGAUAUCCAAGAACAGAUCGCGUUUUCACGGCACUGAUGCACCACGCACAAUCAGUUGACCUCGUGACGGGAGCAAGCAAUACUCUACCCCUCGGCGGCGAGAGACCGCCCACUCCCACCGUCGUGGAGCACAGAGAGCUUGAUCGCCUCGAGAUGGUCGGCCUAGUGAGCCUGGUGGGCAUGAUCCUACCGAUGGUGCAACUGAUCGCAAGUGCCGCGGAGACGGCACGACAGAACAAGAAGAAGUGCUGGGAGCUCGCCCAACGCACGUGCACUCUGGCCAACGUACUGCCCUACUACAAAUACCCGGCGGCGAACGACCAGGAGGCGGUGACAGUGAUGAGGAGGCUCAAGGAGACCCUCGACGAAGCGUUGACGCUCAUCCAGUCCUGCCAGACUGUAACUGUAUUCUCCCGUAGGCGGAAGGCCGCCGAAUUAGAUGGGGUUAAUAGAAAGAUCGACGACUGCAUCACGGACCUCAAUUUCAUCAGACAAGUUCGGACAAAUCACGUAGCAGCACCUAGCGCAGUCCCACUCCCAGCUCAAACUUGCUGCUACUAUCAGGCACAAGGAGGAGGAGGUGCCUCCAACAGCGCCUGUGUUGGCUACCCCCGGCCGCCUCAGCGCGCACCCGUCAAUGUUCACUGGACUCCAGCUCCAGCUCCCUACCAAGGUUCUCCAGCUCCCUACCAAGGUUCUCCAGCUCCCUCGGCCUCGGGUCAUAAUCUAUAGCAGAGACUAUGAAUGAUAAAUCAUCUAUUCGCAGCAGGUAUAUAUGCAUGGUUAUGUGCAAGUGCAACGAAACGAUUGAUGCAAAAGGAUCCAUGGGGAUAUCCCCUUUCUGAAAGAAAAAAAGAUCGUCUCUUUCAUUUUGCUCUCAAUUUAGUUGAACUAUAUGUAUGCCUGAGAUUUUUCUUGUUUAUGUCUCACAAGGUAUUUCAAUAGACAUCAGUAUUUUUCCUGCAAAAGGGAAAUGACUGCAACUCAUCAAGCAAUGCAUUGGAUUAAUCAAUUGCAUGGAUUCUACUUG